GUCAUUUUGGAGUGUCAAAAAAUUGUGCAAAUGUCAUUGUCUUGGAUUUAUAUUUGGUGAAAAAUAGUGGAUAAAUUUUUCCCAUUUUUGUGCUCUUAUUUCAUGCAAUUUCGAGGGAAAUUUACCAUUGUUGCGUUGCAAAGAAUCCAUAGAAGGCACUGAUUGUGAAAAUUGUCGCAAAUCAGGCGGGUGAACAGCUGAAAAAUGGGUUUGUUCGGAGCCUCGUCCCCCUUUGAUGCUGAAAUUGAGAAAGCCACCAGUGAGAAGAAUACGUCGGAACAAUGGGGAGUGAUAAUGGAUAUAUGUGAUAAAGUCGGAUCGAGUUCCACAAAUGCCAAAGAAUGUCUCAAGUCCAUCAUGAAGAGAUUAGCCCACAACGAUCCCCAUGUUGUCAUUCAGGCCAUCACCCUGCUGGAUGCGUGCGUGAACAACUGCGGCCGGAACUUCCACCUGGAGGUGGCAUCGAGGGACUUUGAGAAUGAAUACAAGCGAAUUGUGGCGAAGAAUCAGCCUCCGGUCACGGGGAAGCUCGUGGGGCUGCUCAAGCGAUGGACCGAGGGGGAAUUCAAGAGUGAUCCACAGCUCAAUCUCAUCCCAUCGUUCUAUCAGAAGCUAAAGGCCGAGGGGCUUGAGAGCAAUGACCCAGCGGAGAAGCCCAAAACACAGCCGACCUUCAGCAAGGACCCAAAUGUGGUGCAGAGUCAACAAGAGGCGGAUGACAUAGCUAAGGCCAUUGAAUUAUCGCUGAAGGAAAGUAAGACGGCAUCUCCCAAAGCUUCCGGUGGCGGUGGGGGUUCCUCUACAUCCUCAUCAGUCCUCUACCCACUGAUUGGCAUGUCCGGGGGUACAUUUUCAUCCCCCUCAUCUAGUAAUGCCCAAGCCCAGGAGCCACGGAAGGUUCGGGCUCUCUAUGACUUCGAGGCAGCUGAAGACAACGAGCUAACCUUCACGGUUGGUGAGAUAAUCCACGUUGUGGAUGACAGUGAUCCGAACUGGUGGAAGGGCUACAACCAACGUGGCGAGGGGCUCUUCCCCUCGAACUUUGUCACAGCAGACCUCAGUGUGGAACCGGAAUCACUCCGUUUGGAUAAAGUGAAGAAAUCCGUGCAAUUUGCCGAUGAGGACACUCCACUCCUGGAGGAGGUUAAGCAGGAACCAGUUGAGAUUAAUGAGGAGAAAAUUGAUCGAUUGUUGCACCUUCUGCACGAAGCAAACCCAGAGGAUCCGUCGCAAGACACCCCGGAGAUGUUGGCGCUGGAACAGCAGGUGAAUCAAAUGGGCCCGCUCAUUGAUGCUGAACUGGAGCGUGUUGAUGGCAAACAUGCUCAAUUGACGCAGCUAAGCACGGAUCUCGUGGAAGCCAUCAAUCUCUACCACACACUGAUGCGAGAACCCGAAAAACCCAGCUACAUGGGUGCUGCCUUCAAUCAACCAACGUCGAUGUACCACCAUCCACAGUCAAUGCCGGGAAUGUACGGAAUGCCCCCGGGGAGUCUCUACCAGAUGCCCCCAGCAGCUACAGCAGGUGCAGGAAUGCCACCGUCGAUGCAUAUGCUGCCACCGGGUAUGACACACACGCAGCAUAUGCCACAGUCACAGCAGAUGCUGCAUCAAGCAAUGGCCGGCUUGAGUCUUGCCGCCACAAAUGUUACUCCGUCGCUUCCGCCGCAGAUUCCAGCGCAGAUGCCACCGUUGCAGCAGCAGCAGCAGCAGCAACCACAACAAGUGCCGCAUCAGCAGCCACCGCCGCCUCAUCAGCAGCAAAUGCCGCCGCAGCAGCAUGCAGUGCCGCCACAGAUGCAAAAUGGACAUUCCACGGCACCUCCAAGUCAUGUGCAUAGUUUCCCCCCACAGGCUGCCUUUGCAUCAGUGGCACAGCCUCAGGCACCGGCAAUGUCACCAAUGCAGUGCCAGAUGCCCAUGUCACAGCCUGGGCCGCAUCCCUACCAGGCAACACUGCCGCACAUGAUGACGCGGCCGCUGCCACAGACGACAAUGUCCGGCGUCCCCAUGCCGGAUAAAACCAACAUUCCCGUCUAUCAGCAGCAACGGUAAGGCAUCUCUCCCUGUCUCCCCUUCCCCUCAUUCACAUACGAACAAAUCCCGUAAAAUUUCCAUUGUGCAAAACCUUCGUACCUCCUGAUGGCAUCCCCAGCAAAAGGCCCCUUCCUCCCUCUCUCCCGCAAAUUUCUUGUGCUCUUUAGACCCCCCCCCCCCUGGUUAGGUCCACAGGCGGUGAAUGUUCCCCCUCCGCAAAAGACCGCAGCAGGAUUGUGCAUUCGUCUCUGUGUAACAUAAAAAAAAAGAAGAAAAAAAUUAAACUUGAUAUUUAAAAGCAUAAUAUUGUAAAACAAAUUAUUGAUAAUCAAGAUUAUUGACUAAAUAAAUAUAAUAGCAUUUUAAAAAUUAA